UCCCCUGCCGGAGCCGGCAGCGGAGCGGCGGGCAGCGCUGCGGCACGGCUCGGCUCGGCACGGCACGGCACUGCGGCAGCGCCGCGCUCCUCCCGCCCCGGCCCCAGCCCGGGCCCCGGCAUGGCGCUGCGCGGGGCGCGCUGAGGGGCGGCGACGGCGACGGCGGCGGCGACGGCGGGGAGGGGGGCGCUGCCGCGGAGCCGCGGCGGCCGCCGGGUGCGAACGGGAGCAGCCGGCGGGCAGGGCCGUGUACUCAGAGGACAGUGAAUACACAGAAGACACUUAAGUCUCCACAUUCUGCAUAAACCAUCAUAAUCUAUGAACCUGUGCAGGAUAUUUUAAACCUAAAAUUGCACGGAUCAAAGUAGACCUCUCCUGUGACCUCCUCACCUCAAGGGCCUGCGUUCAACAGAACCGAUCCCAGUUCUCAGCCAGUUGCGUAUACCACUGAAGGAAAAUGAACAUUCUGAAUAGCCACCACUUUUUGUACUUUCUGCCUACCACACACCUUGUCAUCUUAUUAGCAACUUUGACGACUGCUGAGGAUGUGACUAAUAGCACUUUCAACCGCACUGACGUGAACAUGGGAUCUGUGCCUGUGGUGAUCUCCCGUAUUGACCAUAUUAUAGUCAAGGAGGGGAGUAGUGCCUUGAUCAACUGCAAUGUCCAAGGUAGUCCUAGCCCACAUUACAGGUGGUACAAUUCCAACAGCCGCCUGCUCCAAGAGGAAGAGAACAAAGCAGGAAAAUGGUGGUUUCUUGACAAUGGGCUACUAAACAUUACCAGCGUGUCUUUUGAAGACAGAGGUAAAUACACGUGUGUCGCAUCUAAUAUGUAUGGCAGUGUUAACAAUACUGUGACGCUGAGGGUUGUUUUUACCUCCGGAGAUAUGGGAAUCUAUUACAUGAUUGUCUGCCUUGUAGCUUUUACCAUUGUUAUGAUACUCAACAUUACUCGGUUAUGUAUGAUGAGCAGUCAUCUGAAGAAAACAGAGAAAGCAAUCAAUGAAUUCUUCAGAACAGAAGGGGCAGAGAAACUCCAGAAAGCCUUUGAGAUUGCAAAACGUAUCCCAAUUAUCACUUCAGCCAAAACGCUCGAGCUUGCCAAAGUAACCCAGUUCAAGACCAUGGAAUUUGCUCGCUAUAUUGAAGAGCUUGCUCGGAGCGUACCUUUGCCACCUCUUAUCAUGAACUGCAGGACUAUAAUGGAAGAAAUUAUGGAGGUUGUGGGUCUGGAGGAGCAAGGACAGAAUUUUGUACGACAGACAGCAGAAGGCCAGGAAAAUGCUGAAACAGAUGAGCUGUAUAUGAUCCCAAAUGCUCUGAAGCGCAGUGACUCUCCCACAGCGGACUCUGAUGCAUCAUCACUGCACGAACCACCUCAACAGAUUGCAAUAAAAGUGUCAGUUCACCCAUUGUCCAAAAAGGACUGCAUGGACGGUCAGUCACAAGAAAGCGUGCAGUUGGACACCAAGGAAGAAGACACUCCUCAAACACCAGCACUUCCUGCAGAGCCCCCUCCUGAGCUUUCUGCCGAACUCAGUUCUGAUGACACAGCAUUGGCAAAUGACAAAAAUACAUGCGUUAUAUAUGAAAGCCAUGUAUGAUAGUUACUCCUGAAUCUAUGCAUAGCAGGAAAAUCAGGUGGAGCUCUUUUUAAAAAUACAUAUUGUACUUGCCGCUAAGCCUUACCUGGAGACUAUCAUAGCAAAAGCAUGUAUGAGAAUUAUUUGGCACUUUCUUCUCAGUUUGACUUUAGUUUACCAUGAUGUAUGGCAGAGUAAUUGCUAUUACAUUAAUAUUAAUUGCUCUUUUUGAUUAGGGGAAUUUCCAAGAAACAUUUACCUCAGCAUUUUCUAGGCUGGAGUCACUUGUAGUGGCCUCCUAGAAGUCAUUGGUAGUCUUUGAUGUUGGACUCUUGAACUUACUGAACAUAAAACUGGUUUUCAUUUUCCUCCUUCACUCUCAUUAUUCCCAUCUAUUGCGUUUUUGCAAAUAUUGUCUUGUGAAUUUGAAAUACUGCCCAAGAGGCAGCACUCCAGUAGCCAAAUAAAGUCCUAAUAGAUCCCAUUUACAAAGCCCGUUUGCUUAGCUGCAUUGUGAUUUAGAGGACUUUAAAGAACGUUAAAAUGUUUCCAUUUCAUUUGAGACCACACUGCUUAGGCACAAGGGAAAUAGUUUUCCCUUUUCCAUGGAAUGAAGAUGCCAACAAUUGUUUUUUUCACAUAGAGAAAGAAAUUUGAGGUGUAUUUUACAGGUGGGAAAGCCUGUAGGCUUCUUACAGAAAGUUGCAGUCACAACAGCUCUGCAGGGAUUUUUGCAUAUAUUUGACCAUUUUUUACUUUGAAGUUUAUAUGGAAGACAGCUGCAAAUAUGCAAGAUGUCUUGUUUUGUGGUAAUUUGGUAGGAGUAAGUAUGCACUACCUUACCAGAAGAUAUGCAGGUUCCUUAACAGACCUGCAAACAGCAGUAAUUAGCUGAUGACAAGGCUGAAAAUGCAGAAGAUCCUUUUAUUGGGAUUCUCAGUUUUGUGCAGAUUCAUAUUCUGAAGACUAAGCCUAAAUUCAUCUAGAAGUGUAAGUUUGAGAGUGUUUUAUGGAAACUAAAAAAAUAAAAAGAAUUAUAAUAAAGUGUCCUGUGACAUUACAAUGACGAUCACACACAUUAUAAUUGCUUUGGUAUUUUAAGAACCUCCUCCCUAUGUAGGAUGUUCAUUGCUUGAGUACACGUGAUUCUACCCCAGUAAAGCUUUAAUGAUCACAGCGACUGUGGCAUUAAAAAGGAUCAACAUUUAUGCCAGGAAAUGCCAGGAGUGGAAGGGAGGUGAUAGUUUCUAUUGCAGAUAGACAAUAAAAAGGACCUUCUCUGGAGUGAGUGUGGAAAGCAAGCACUUAAAAGGAGGAGUUUGUGUAGGAUUAAUAGCAUAUUACAUAAUUACCUGACACACAUUUAAUUUGGAACUAAUGAACAAACUAUCACGUUACAGUUUUUAAGAAGAACUGUAGUGCAAGUAUAGAUACUCAAAAUAAAUCUGGAAGCAAGUAUAUUGCAGAAAAAGAAGACACUUAGGUCCAUGGGGAGAUGAUGCAUGGAUGGCGCUCUGGACAUUUUAUUGAAGUAGCCACAUCUGCAUAAGGUGUCCGUUGGAGGCAACCACGUAUAUUAACUGCACACGUAAUUGAGACCAAACAAAGUCAAUGUUGCAGCUGCCUAAAAAAACCCUUGAUAAGGGACUGAGGUUUUAUGUCAACUUCCUCAUAUUAAAGUGCUUCACUAGCUUCGCCAGCAGUGCAAUACAGAAACACCCCGUGACUUACGUAGGUGAUGCAGAGAAGGCUCAAUAUUUGCCUUUCUAUGGUUAUUUUAAAACUAUAUGUUUAAUAAUGGACUUCAGUUUUUGUGACCAACUUGUGAAAAUGACGGCAUUUAGUUGCCUAACAUUUGUUCGUGUCCACCACAGUGGCAGGCAUCUAUAUAAAAUGCAUUUGCACAUGCCCAAAAGGAAACAAGCAAGGGCAAAGUCCCUAUAGGAAUGUGGCUGGAAGUAUUUUAGUUCCAGUGAAGCAAUAUAAAUCUAGAACACAGGGUAGAUUAAGAGAAUACCAUAAAGAACCUCACUUCUGACCAGUGUGAUUGAGAGUACUACUGAUGCAAACUGUUGACUUCUUGUCUGAGUCCAAAGUACGUAUCUGUUUGGUGUUCACAAUAAUUUUUCAAAUCACUUAAUUUGCUUCUGGUUAUGAAAAAGGAUGAGGGCAGAAACAAAAGCAGGAAUUUGCACUAAAUUCUUUUCAUUCACCUUAACCUCAUGAAAAGAGUUAUCUUGAUUUUUCUGCCUGUCUAGCACUUACAAACAAUGCUCAUGCAUUUUAAGGUUACCUGCCUGGUGCCAAACUAAGAUUGCACAGAGCAGCAAGGAUGUUCUCCUUGAAAGCAUAAAAAUAACUUUUAAAUUACACUUUAAGAUGUAAAAAAAUUAAUGUUUCAAAAUUAUUUAUGGCAAUGCAGUAUUUUAAUUGUUUUUUAAUUAUGAACUUUUUGCAGUAGAGACCAGGCCCCUUCAUGUAUUCAUAUGGUUAUUGGUACCAGGCAGUUCUGAUCCUAACUACUGCCCUCAGCCUGUCCUCCAGCCUAUUUAUUAUUUAUUUAUUGAGGAAUAUUUGAGAGCAAACGAUCCCCAUGGUUUUCUUCAGUAUCUCUUUGUAAACUUGCUUGAAGGUACAGAUUGUGUUUUUUCCCAGUGGUUGCCCACAAAGAGCAUGUAUUUGAGGUACCACAUAUGAGCAACAGUUAUUUGGACUAGAUGCACGUAAUAGGUGCAGUGCUGAAUUCCUGAUGUCGCAAAGUCAAAGGGAACCUUGACUUUGCUGGAGCUGGACUCACUCGGAGCUGAGAGUUCAUAGGUAGGACUGGUCCGGCCAGUCUACUCUAAAGACUUUGGACAUUUAGUUUUCUAGUUUUGUUGGAAUAAGAACAGCACUGUAUCUGAAGAAAACACAGACUGUAAUGGUUCUGCUUUAUGUAUUUUUUCUGUUUUCAUGUAUGCUGCACAGUAUCUUUAUGUAUCCAUUAUAUAACACCUGUUAAGCAUAAAGCUUUUCACAUGCUUUCAGACACUUCCUUUGUGGGAGGCAGAUGGGAAGGAAGAUCCAAACCCACCUUUCCUGUUCCAAACUUUCUGGCUGUGCUAUUAUAAAGUAAACAAUUCUUGCAGUAUGUCUUAGGGAAUGGCUAUUUUAUGGUAUAAGAACACAAUUAGCAAACAUAAAAUUAAUGAUGGCUCUAAGGAAACAUUAACAUUUGCCUUGUUAUGUAUUUUCAUGCACCUUAAGCACUUCAGGGAUGUUACAGUGAUCUGUUCCCAACAUUGGACUAUGCACACCUUUUGUUACAUUGUUUUAUUUAUUAUAUCACCAAGCAGUAACGGUUCUUAAAACACUUAUAAUCUGGAAAAUCCAGUCCAACUGAAUUUGCGUUCUAAAAGCAUAAGGAACACCAAGCCAGGCUUAGAAAGGAAAAGAGAUUUGCAGGAUAGAUAUAUUUACCCUGUUUAAACAUAUUUUUGUCAAAAUUUCAUAAAAUGUGACUAGAUUUCUGCAGCACAAGAAAUCAGUGCUGGAUUUGAAUUUUACACUUUUCUUUUUGCACUAAAUGUAAGACCAUAUUAAUCAGACCAUUUGCACAUAGUGCUCACUCUCUACUUGCUCAACAUUUUCUUUUUGAGCAGCAUUUGCUUACUGUUGAUCCUUUUUUGUUCUCUGAUUUGAGUAUGCUUGUAAUGAAACCUCCCCUUCAGUCAUUUUUUGAGAUUGUCAUUUGAAAAACUUAUAAGAACCCAUAGAUCAGCAUUUUUAUGCAACUUUAUUAAUAUUGGGUGAGGCAUAGUAGUUCACUUCUGUCCUUAAAAAUUACUGUAUAAUCAUAAGACUUGCAGAAUGUCAUAUACAGGCAGAUGUUGAUUUUUUUAAGUCAGUGCCUGUUUUAUUCUAAUGUACAUAUUAUGUCAGUUCCUCAGUUUGCAUUUACCUUUUGACAAAAGUACUGUAACAUAUAACCAGGGCUUUCUGACACUCACUUUGGUUCAGAUCAACUGAUUCUGUAAAGUUCUGUGUUGAAUUUUAAAAGUUCUCAUGGAAUAUCUUGGCAGCAUGCUAUUUUAGGAGUUGGCCUCCUAAGUAUGCCAUACUUAGUGGGACAACUGAAAGCUUCUUAGGUGCAAAGGAAAUGCUGGCACUAAAGUAUCUUAAGUUAUAUUUCAUUUAUUAUGAAAUCCUUUUUGAUUUUACAAGAAAUGUAAGACAAAUAUGAAUGUGUUCUUUUGAGAAGCAAUUACUGUAUUUUAAUUUAAAUAACUGUUAUGAUUUUAUAGUUCACGGCCGUAAACCACAAAGACCAGUUCACGCUGAAGUGGCAAAAUGAAAUGUGAUCCAGCUUGUAAAUUGAUCAUUGUUUCAAUAAAGAAUUUGCACUGAGCAUGCCGGGUUUGUACACACUCAGCAAGAUGAUGGUUUCCUAGUAAGGCUAUGCCAUGGCUCCAGUUCAAGUGGAAGUGAGCUGUCUUUCAUUGUACAUCUGCUAAUAUUCCAGAGACACUGAUGAGGAGAAACAGUUAUUUACCUAGAAAGGAAGUUUUAAUAAAGGUCUGAAAGGGAACUGUUGUAAUUAUUCAGAAUAUAGACCCAAUUGUUAAUCAGUGCUGUUAUCAAUACCCUAGAUUGCUCAUGUAUGUAGCAUCUUGUCUUUGGAAGCAUGUCAGCACUUCCACAUGUAAUCCAAAGGACUUUUUUGUUAGCUGUUUCCUCUCUGACCUGUCAUGGGGCCUUGCAAAAAGUCUUGCUGCUGUUUCAGAGUUGAGACCAACAAAGUAAGCGUCUCUUCUACCAGAGGCACCCUAGUACCAAGACAAAACAGAACUGUGGGUUGCCAUACCCACCUGCAUUCUUUCAUCCACCCUUAAAGGAUAAGGUGAGAUGGCUUUCCUGUCCCACAGCAGCUGGACUAUUAUCACUCCCUAACAGCCUUAAGCAGGACUUAGUUGAAGCAGACACUGUAAUACCUUGUCCUGGCUCUGCUGGUGCUACACAACUUGCAGCCAGUGGCAGUCACUGACAGAGACAGAGUGGGGGGACUUGCCCUUUCACACAUGAAAGAUUUGCUCUUGCCAGCUGCCUGUUCUAGGCUGAAAAACAUAUCCAGGAAAACAAUGGCUAUUUAUUUCAUGUUUUAACUCUGCUGUUUCAAAGAAUGCUCCAAUUUUUGAAAAUAUUUUCAGAAGCAUUUUUAUUCAACAGUUUCAGUUGAGUUAAAUGGGGCUGAGAGAUCCACAAUUUAUCUAAAAAUAUCUAUGAAAAAUAGUGAAGGGGUCACAAACUGAUCAUAAAAACAGAAUGCGUAUGGCUAAAGCCAUAUGCUAUUUUAUUGUCUCAGCAUGGGACCCUGUCUUGCAACUGGGGUAGUUUGCUAUGUUGUGACUUUUUUUUUUAUAUAGUACAGCACCACUUCAGGAUGCUCCCCUCCAGCAUGCUGAACUCCUCCAGCAGCUUUGUUGGGGCAUUUUUCAGGAAGGCAGGGUAUCGUCAAGCAGUUGGUUCCAGUCAGCUAUGCUCCUGAACACUGUGAAAUACGCUCUCCCCAGCCCCAGUGCUUCUUACAAAGAAGGUAUUUUCAUGUGGAGGAGACUGCCUUACAUCACUACUACAGAGGCACUCCAAAACUAAAAGCUGCUGGUGGGUAGUAUCUCCACAGAGACAAAGAUGGGGACAGCAGAGAGGUCUCAGCUCUUCUACUAAGACUGGAGGCAGGGAAAGCUGCUGCAUAGCUCAGGGCUGGUACCCCCGAUAUUUGCAGUGCUGUAACACCACUUCCCCACAGGACUGGAUGUUUUCUAGUCCACAUCCUGCACCAGUGCCAGGAAUAUCCAGCGAAGAGACUUGAGAAUCAAUUCCCUUUCAGUGUCCAUUUCUUCCAUCUCUUCCUCUCCCCAUCUUACCUUCCUGCACUUUUCUUUGUCCCUACCAGUUCCAUAGUGCUACUUCUCAAAUAAGAACAGGGUGAAGUUAGUGGCUGGGGCAAGUGUUUCUGCACUUCAGACACCUCUGUUCCAAACAAACCUUUCGUAAGUCCCAAAAUGGAUUAUUUUUUUUUGCCCAGCUGUACCAGUGCCGGGCAAUGCUAUGUGCUAUAUUUAGCUCUCUGGCUCCCAGGCCCAAACUGAGUCAUUAUACUUUUACAGUAAGGGCUGACUCAGGAAUCCAUGGCAUCAUGUAUAAGUCUGUAAAUUGGUCACAGACAGUAACAAACUGAAGCUAAGUUAUCAAUUCCUUUUUCAAAAUCAGAAUGUAUGGCAGCAAACAGAUGUGACAGACUUGGGACACCCAAGUUAUGUAAUGAGAAACUAUUUCAUAACACAAGCAGACGAGGCAAGGAUGAGAAAAAUUAACAGCCAGCCUUGUAUAGCAUGGAGAAUACAUGUAAAACCUUGCUUAUGACUGAGUAGAAAUGUAGCGUAAGUAUCAAAUAAAUUUUACCAUUCUAUAGCCACUUUAUAUUUUGAGAAGAGAUUCUUUUAACUCUAGACCUUUCCUAUGUGGGCAAGCAUCAUAGGCAUGGAAAUACUACCAGAGUUAUCAGAAAGAGCCUUGUCUCUUUCAUCUACCAUUUUUGAAAUUAUUUUCAGGACUAUUUAGCUAUGCAUCAAAGACCAACCACAGACUGCCACGCUGUUGUGAAGCCAUGGAGUCUGGGAGCUCCCAUCUGAGAUGCACAAGCUGAUCUUUCUGAAUUAUCUCUGUCUUCUCUUGCAUAGGUUUUGAUUGUACCACCCAAUAAACCACUCAUAUUUAUUAAUGGUUGAGGCCCAGGCAUUCUCAACUGAUAAUUACAGAGAAACAAAAUAAAUGUCGCCACCACUUCCCUCUUUCUGAAGCCUCUUAUUGCUUCUACCUCAAGAUUAGCCCUGAUGGACAGAUAGCCCUUGAGUUGUUUGGGUAUCCUUAACUCCUUCCUGCUGGUGAAAGCUACCUUAUUCAGAAAGUAGGAUUCAAAAAGACAAAAAAACAAACCAAAACCAGCCAGAAUAAGAAGCUCCCUUCUAAGGAGACAAGCAUGGAUCCUGCUAGUUUAAAAUGCUUCAUUAUCCUUCUGUCUAAUAUGUGCAGAAUAAACAGCCUCAGGAAAAGAUGGUAAAAAAUAGAAAGAAAUUUAAGAAGAUUUAAAUGGAAAACUUUUUUCCUCACUCAGAACAUCCAGAGGUGAUUUAUCGUCAAAGUAUAUUAAAUUUUAACUCAUCUAAUCAUGUGUUCCUUUGUUUUUAAACAUACCCAAGUGGAGAAAAGGGAGAUUCCUAAAAACAGUGACAUUUUCAUCUCCAACCCCAACAUCAUUAAAAAAAUAUGAAAAAUAUUGCCCAGCCUUCUCUCAGGACACCUUUUGCCAGGGAAGAUGUUUCUAGCCCUUUUUAUGGUUCUGCUUAGGUGACUGCAGCUUCCUUAAGGGAUUGGUAAAAGUGCAUUUCUUUUCUGCUGUCUUCUUCUUGGUUAAAUAUUCUCUAACUUUUAUGAUCUCUGUGUAUAAAAAUCAAUAUUCCACUGAGGAUUUAUCUUCUUGCUUCCUUUCUCCAUGGUAGCAUUCCAUUUUGAUACCUUUUUUGUGUUAUGUUUUACUGUGUGGAUUUUUUUUGUUUGCCCACAUUUUAAAAUAAAUCCAACAAUUUUAAUGUUUUUUCAGUUGCCUGUUUUGGUACAGGAUCACUCAUGCUUAUCUGUAUAAUUCAAUUUUAAUUAUGCGGAUGUACAAUUAACUGCUCCCAGAUUGGUGCAGGAUGAACUAAUCAAUAGGCUGAAGCAAAUUUCUGUUGCAGAACAGCAUGAACAGAACAGAUAAAGGCGUAAUUCCCAAGAUACAAGUGGAAUAAGUGUUCUCAGUCAUAUAUGACUCUGUGAUUAUGUUACAUACUUUUGUUUGUUCACUUCAAAAAAGUUGCAUAUGAUACAUCUCUGCCUUAAAUAACAUGUUUCUUUUUGCUUAGCCUCACAUCAUGGAUGGACUUGCACAUUUGCACGUGUCCUACACUUGUACAUCAGCUAUCCAUUAUCUGGAAUGGUUUAUCUUAUUCAUUGGAUAGCUUCCCAAGUGCAGGAGCUUCUCUAAAUGCGAUAUUUUUUAAGAGACUGCAGACGGCUUGGUGACACUAUGUAAAUGAUAUUCAUUUCAAAUGCAUUGAAAAAUGCUUUUUCACAUUUUUUAAACUGAAAUGCUGUAUUUCUAUAUAGGCUGAUAUCUAUGUUAAUAGAGUCUGUUUUUCUGUAUUCUUUUAACUAGAAACUCCAGUUUUUCAUAAGUGUGCAGUAAAAUGACAGUA